AUGUUGAAGGAUUGCUCUGCUGUUCGAUCACUGAUCCAUAGUAUAUGUGAUUUUUUUGAACGCACCAUUCUGUGCAACAGCCUUGUGUGGAGCUGUGCUGUCACAGGUAAACCAGGACUCACAUAUCAGGAAGCACUGGAAUCGGAGAAGAAAGCCAGACAAAAUCUUCAAAGUUUUCCAGAGGCACUCAUCAUUCCAGUUCUCUCUCUGGCCACCCUUACCCAUCGCUCCCGACUUCAUGAGAUCUGUGAUGAAAUCUUUGCUUAUGUCAAGGAUCGGUAUUUUGUUGGUGAAACAGUGGAAGUAGUUAGAAAUAAUGGUGCAAGGUUGCAGUGUAAGAUUUUGGAAGUCAUAGCUCCACCCCAUCACAAUGGAAUGGCGAAUGGCCACGCCGGCAGCACUGAUGGAGACACAAUUGUCAUCAGCGACAGUGACGACUCAGAAACGCACAAUAGCUCUGCACAAAAUGGAGAGAAGAAAGCCAUAAUUGAUCCUUCUCUAUUCAAAUACAAAGUCCAACCUAUUAAGAAAGAACUAUAUGAAACUGUUGUCGUUAAAGCAUCUCAACUAAGCCGGAGGAAACAUCUCUUUUCUCGUGACAGACUUAAACUUUUUCUGAAACAACACUGUGAACCACAUGAUGGAGUCAUUAAAACUAAGGCAACAUCAAUUGCAAAAUAUAAUCUAGCUGAACAAAGUUUCUCCUGCUUCUUUCCUGAUGACCCACCUACGUUUAUCUUCAGUCCUGCAAGCAGGCGGCGAGGGAGACCUCCAAAGAGAGCAUCUACUAGUCUUGAGGAUGAGAUUCCUGCUAAACGAAAUACCCAAGGAAACAAAAGUAAAGUAGCAAGGGAAAAGACAAGGUUCCCGAAGCUGAAAGAAGAUAUGCAAGCCAUGGCUUUUGAAAAAGCUAAAUUAAAACAAGAGAAGGCAAAUGCUAUAGAAGCUAAGAAAAAGGAGAAAGAAGAUAAGGAAAAAAAGAGAGAAGAAUUAAAGAAGAUUGUGGAAGAAGAAAGGAUGAAGAAGAAAGAAGAGAAAGAGAGACUCAAAAUAGAAAAGGAAAAAGAAAGAGAGAAGCUGCGUGAAGAAAAAAGAAAAUACGUGGAGUACCUGAAACAGUGGAGUAAACCUAGAGAAGAUAUGGAGUGUGAUGAUCUUAAGGAACUUCCCGUUCCAAUACCAGUGAAGACGAGACUUCCUCCUGAGAUCUUUGGUGAUGCUCUGAUGGUUUUGGAGUUUUUAUAUGCUUUUGGGGAACUUUUUGAUCUUCAAGAUGAAUUUCCUGAAGGAGUGACUUUAGAAGUUUUAGAGGAAGCUCUUGUAGGAAAUGACACUGAAGGCCCACUAUGUGAAUUGCUGUUUUUCUUCCUGACUGCCAUCUUUCAGGCAAUGGCCGAAGAGGAAGAAGAAGUGGCCAAAGAUCAAAUAGCUGAUGCUGAGACCAAAGAUUUAACAGAGGCUUUGGAUGAAGAUGCAGACCCCACAAAAUCUGCACUGUCUGCAGUUGCAACUUUGGCAGCUGCAUGGCCCCAGUUACAUCAGGGAUGCAAUUUGAAAAACUUGGAUCUUGAUAGCUGCACUCUUUCUGAGAUUCUCAGACUUCACAUUCUAGCAUCAGGCGCUGAUGUAACAUCAGCCAAUGCAAAAUACCGUUACCAGAAACGAGGAGGGUUUGAUGCUACUGAUGAUGCUUGCAUGGAGCUGAGAUUAAGUAAUCCUGGUCUCCUGAAGAAACUUUCAAGUACCUCAGUGUAUGAUUUGUUGCCAGGAGAAAAGAUGAAGAUCCUUCACGCCCUCUGUGGGAAACUUCUGACUCUCGUCUCCACUCGAGAUUUCAUUGAGGACUCUGUUGAUGUGUUACGACAAGCAAAACAGGAGUUCAGAGAAUUAAAGGCAGAACAGCAUCGCAAAGAACGAGAGGCGGCAGCAGCAAGGAUACGUAAGAGGAAAGAACAAAGGUUAAAAGAACAAGAGUUAAAAAUGAAAGAGAAACAAGAAAAGCUGAAGGAAGAGGAGCAAAGAAAUCCUGCUGUAGAAGUAUCCAUUGGGGAGGAGGAACGGGAAGACCUUGAUACUAGUACAGAGAGCAAAGAAAUGGAACGUAAAGAGCAAGACAUGGACACAGUGACAGAGGAUGAAGAAGAGCUGGGACCAAACAAGAAGCGAGGAAGAGGAAGGAGAGGGCAAAAUGGAUAUAAAGAAUUUACAAGACAAGAAGAGACCACAUGUGAAAAGAGUGAACCUCUUACUGCUGAAGAUGAAGAAGCUUUAAAACAGGAGCAACAAAAGAAAGAGAAGGAACUGCUAGAAAAGAUUCAGAACGCAACAGCCUGCACAAAUAUCACUCCAUUAGGUCGUGACCGUCUGUACCGACGCUACUGGAUUUUCCUCUCUGUUCCUGGAUUGUUCGUAGAAGAGGACUAUUCUGGUCUCACAGAAGACAUGUUGUUGCCUCGAACCUCUUCCUUUCAGAAUAGUGUACAGUCUUGCACAAAUGAACCUCAGGUAUUCAGUAAAACUGGAGAGUCUUUGAAAUCCUCUGAAUCUACCUCCAAUAUUGACCAAGAUUCACACACCAGUGUUGUUGUAGAGGUGCCAAGGCCAGUAUAUAAACCAAACCGUUGGUGCUUUUACAAUUCUCGGGAACAACUGGACCAACUCCUGGAGGCUCUCAAUUCCCGAGGACAUAGGGAGAGUGCCUUAAAAGAAACUCUUUUACAAGAGAAAAGUAGAAUAUAUGAACAACUAAGAAGUUUUCCUGUGGAAAAAUUCCAUAUUCCAGACAAACCUCAAAGUGACAUCAGACCUCCUUCAGGACGGGGAAGGAUGCAGAAUGCCCAUGAUGGAUCAUACAUAUCUGCAGAGAAGCAGCUUGAACUGAGACUUAGAGACUUUCUUUUGGACAUCGAAGACAGGAUCUACCAAGGAACAUUGGGAGCUAUUAAGGUUACAGACAGACAGUCUUGGAGAGCAGCCUUAGAACAUGGGCGGUAUGAGUUUCUGAAUGAUGAAAACAAAGAAAAUGGUAUAAUUAAAACUGUGAAUGAAGAAUCUGAAGAAAUGGAAACUGAUGAUCAAGAUAAAUUUAUUGUGAAAGACAGGUAA